GACAGCCCGCCUCCUCCUCGCAGAUGUUGGUUAUAUCAGGCAGCAGGAAGUCUUUUAGCACAAGUUUCUGUUUAGACAAAAUCAUUUUUGUCGUCUGUUUCUAUGUGCUGAUAGACUGAAUCAGCAAGGGCUCUUUCUUUUUUGACGACUGCAGUUGUAGUGAGUCGACAUUGUCACCCGUAGACUACAUAGUAAAAAAUAGUAAACAUGGAUGUGGAGGACUCCGAACAAAAGACGAUAACUCUUCUGAUAAAAACGCCCAACCAGGCUCAGGAGGACAAAGCCGUGGAAGGCGUCUGUCCGAACUGGACCGUGAAGGAUCUAAAAAGGCAUUUGUCGAUCGUUUACACAACUAAACCGGCUCCCUGUGACCAGAGACUGAUCUAUGCUGGUAAACUGCUGCCAGAUCAUCUGCACAUUAAAGACCUCUUCACACAGACUGACUCCUUUCCCACACUGCACCUGGUGUGUGCUACUAGGACUCUAGCCCAAGGACCCCUGGGAGCGAGACCUAAGACCAAAGAGACAGAACAGCCCGACCCCUCCCAUCCACAGGCGAUGGCAGGCUCUGGUCCUCAGAGUCCUUCUGGCCCCUCAUCCUCAGUCCAGCCCAGCAGCUCCCCCACACUGAGGCAGAGGAGGCACACCCGUGCAGCUCCAGCUCACACACCAACCCCAGUGUCUCCCCCAGCAUGGCCUGCUGCUGCCAUGCCUGCAGCUCCACAGAUGAUCCAGCCAGCCUUCCCCACCUACUCUCUGUACAGCCCCCAGCAGCUCAUGUGGCUCCAGCAUGUCUACGCUCGACAGUACUACAUGCAAUACCACGCAGCGCUGGCCGCAGCAGGCACUCCACCAUCAGCACCAGCCACAACCAUUGGCCAGUACCCUCCUGUUCCCGCCCACCAGGUACCUGUCCCAGCCCCAUUAGCCAAUCAGAACCCCAUCGAAAACCUGCCCGCCAAUCAGAACCCAGUGCAGGACGGUGCUUUCAUCAACCCAGGGGAGGCCAACCAGAACAUGAGGAUGAACGCGCAGGGAGGCCCGGUGAUGGAGGACGAGGAUGAUGUGGAGCGGGACUGGCUGGACUGGAUGUACUCCGCUGCCAGGUUUGGCGUUCUGCUCAUGAUCGUGUACUUCAACUCCAACCUGAGCCGCUUCCUGCUGGUGAUGAGCACCCUGCUUCUCAUGUACCUACACACUGUUGGUUGGUUCCCUUUCAGAAGACGAGCACAGGUCCAAGGACCCAACCCCCUGCAGCCCCCUGAGGUCCAGCACAACCAACAGAACGAGAACAGGAACCCUGACGCGGGGGAGGAGCCUGCUGACAGACAGAGGGAGGAGCCUGCUGCUGCAGAGGGCGGGUUAGAGGGACACGGACCAAUGGCGGCAGUGUUAGUGCCUCCUCACAGGGUGUCAGUCAUGUGGACGGCCUGGGUGUUCUUUAAAACCUUCUUCUCCUCCCUCAUACCUGAGGCUCCCCAGGGGAUGGCCAACUGACAACCUAGAUGACCGAUAGAGGCACCAUACAUGUUUUUUGGGGUCAAAAUAAUCUUUUGAGCCAAAGGAAAACCUGCAACUCAAAAUAAAAUCACAACUGACAUUCUUAUUAGUAAGAGCUGCGGUUUGAGUUUGGUUGUUGUGCCACGAAGUUAAAGCACCAGCAAAAUAAAAAGACGUUGACUGGAAACAAUGGACAAAGAGUUAUCAGCAACAUUCCCAACAACUGUGCAUUGUGCAAUGCCAGCUCUUUAUCUGACCACCGUCUACUGAUAGUAGGUUUAUAGUCAAGACCCUUAUCCAUUAAACAACAGUGCAGCAGCCGAGGGUAUAAACUUACCUUUCACCUGACUCUGUUGGACUUAUCUUAUUUUACUGUGAGAAGGUUCAUAAAUAUGGACUUUCUCAUCCUGUAGAUUUAAAUUAAGCUUGUGUAUGAUGAUGAAUAUGAUCAGGACCAAUGCUCUCCAACCCAUCAGGAUUAUAUUAAGCAUGUCUUUGGAAGUCAAAAUCCACUCAAGGUGAGUCCUGUGUCUGAUGACUCUCUGAAUCUAAAUUCCAUAGAUUUUUUUAGAUUUACAAAGUGUCCCUGCAUGGAGCCUGGGUUUGAUCACAGCUGUGGUUUCCACUGGUUUGACGGACUGGAAGCAAAGGAAGCUAGCAUAUUAUAGUAUAAGUAUAUUAUUUUAAGAUGAGGAAAACUAAACUGUUCAGUUGUUUUUGUUUGUUUCUCAAUGUACUUAAUAUUCAAAGCCAUACAGCUCAGCUUAUCAGUUUAAUUCAGAUUAUUUUGGCCUUGUUCUUCUAUAGUCAGUGUUGUCAUUAACAACCUCAGUGCUUUAGAAACUGACCUUGACUGUCAAAUAACAAACUUGCAAAUGAUUCACACACUUUACAAUGUUCAUGUUGGGUAGACUUCUUAUUGAGCGUCAGAUGAUGCUCUUUGGUACCAAAUGCAAAGUAGACGGCUUGCCAAAUGUCUGGGUACAUCUUUUUUGAUAGUGAUGCUGCCAUAGUUCAAAAUAUAUAUAUUACUGUAAAUCUAGUUUUGUAAAUAAACUUAAAGUUCACACAGCACUUUACAACAUGUAUCUUAUGCAGGCCUCUUUACAUUUGGAGGGGUUAUUUUGUAAUCAUUGUAAUAUAAAUAUAAGGCUCUGAUGUGAUUGUGAGUCCAGUUCAGAAUCCUGUCAAACAACACGUACAGUUUGAAGCCAGUGCUGAUAAACUACAGAGAUGUUGCUUUAGUAGAAAGGUAGUUAUGUUUUCAGUCAGAAACAGUUUGGAUAACUAUGGAAAGUGUCAUAGCUAAGAUUUAAAUUAAGCUAUCAAAUCCCUCCUACAGCACCUUAAGCACCUGGCUCUCAUCAUAUUGACUGAGAACCUGUACUGUCACUGAUCAGAAGCAUGAGUGACUUUUUGUCAAUGCAUCUACUGGUCACUGCAUCAAGGUAUUGAUCAUGAAUUUGUGUGAGUUAACUCUUUUUAACUAACUGUUAAAUGUUGCAGUUUAAAAAAAAUCUAUUACAAGGAAAAUAUGGGUUUUACUAUCUUCUCUUAAUAACGUCACUGUAAAUGGGGGCUAUUAGACCUUUGAGUAAAAAGGGCUAAAGAAAUGUCCCUCUUGUUAUCCAAUCCUGUGUACUGCAUUAGCCCCUGCUCUAUCGCUAGCACUCAGAUUCCCUUUUGGAAAGGACUAUAGUCUGGGAUAUGGUCACUGUGUGUAAUUGGACAUUUUAAUAUUAAUAUCGUCUUUAUCCGUCUUUCUUUGAAACUGUGCUGGAUGUUGUAUGAGGUGUGUUUUGAGGAGGACCUGCAAUAAAUCUUUAUACCUGUA